GCGACUUCUAUAAGGAAAAGCGGCUUAUUGCAGAUCAAAUAUUUAAGUGCAAUGUCAUACCUGCCACAGGAUGUUGUCUCUAGAUCUGGAAACUGAUACGACUGCGGAGGACACCGCGCAAAGCACCCCGGAUGGUGGUGCAGAGACACCGGCCAGUCUCGAUGUACUGGAAGAGCAGCAUCCAGUAAAGCAGUCUUUGAGUGCCUCUAUGUGCCGUGAGACGUACUGGCGCUGCCUCCUUCUUUCCUUGCUCAUGUACUGCUGCCUGGGUGCCGUAGCUUGGUGUCAACUCACUGAAGUCACAAAACUGAGCUUUGAUUCCUCCAGUAGGUCCCAUGCUACCUCCAUGAACUUUCUCAGAGGUCAUUCCAUGAAAUACAACGCCAGCCCUUGCUCUGAUGGCUAUAUAUUCAUCCCUUUGGCUUUUCUGCUCAUGCUUUACGCUGUUUACCUCAUGGAAUGUUGGCAUUGCCGCUCCCGCAGCGAGCUCCAGUGCAAAGCCAACGUUGACAGCGUGUACGAGAGGGUUUUGCGUAUGCGCCAGGCUCGACCGUGCGUCUGGUGGAAAGCCAUCAGUUAUCACUUUGUACGGCGGACUCGACAAGUAACACGGUACAGGAACGGAGACGCCUACACCACCAUGCAGGUUUACCAUGAGCGUGUUAACACACAUGUGGCAGAAGGAGAAUUUGACUACAGUCGUUGCGGCAUGAGGGAUGUUUCGCAUAACUUACGCGGGCUGGAGGGUCACGCAGCGACGCGGUUGCAUUUCACCAAGUGUUUCAGCUUUGCAGUAGCGGGACCUGAAAAUGCUUAUCUCAACCAGAGGGCCAGGUUCUUCUCUGAAAUCGAGGGUCUGGAUGACUACAUGGAAGCCCGUGAAGGCAUGCUCCUGAAGAACGUUGACUUCAAAGAGCACCUCAUCGCUUACGUAGAUCCUGAUCGACUGCCAUGGUACACUUCACGGGUCGUGUUCUGGAUGGCCGCUUUGCUCAUGCUCUCCUGGCCGCUUCGAGUGCUAAUCGAGUACCGUACUGCGUUCGUUCACUACCAAGUUGAGAAACUCUUCGGGUUGGAGUACAGCAACAACAGCCCAUCUCCAGAGGAUGUUGCUACUCUGAGGAACAGUCGCUAUUGUCUACCGAGAGCAGAAACGGUGGAUAGCACCGAGCUAGAAUGGCACAUUCGCUCAAACCGCCAGCUCAUACCAAGCUACUCGGAGGCCAUGCUGAUGAACCUAGGGGCCUCGGGGUCAGACCGCAGAAGCAGUAUUUCCUCCAACCGCUUUUUGUUGAGCAGUUGCCCAGCCCAGAGCUACGGAACGCUGGUCCAGAACUGCGAACACUGUCGCAGACACGAGAGUGGACAAAGACAGCCAACCAUUAGCUCCAGCUGUUCCUCCAUCUUCUCACGACACACAUCCCACUCCCAUUUGUCCCUGGACACCUCCCAUUUCUCCCUGUGUCGUAUGUAUGGUUCGAGGCGCACCGUGGGACUGUGGAGGAGCCGCAGCAGCACGCUUACGGAGCGCUGCUGCCUGGACGAGCAAUGCUGCAGGUCUAACACCAGUCAGCUGGCCCUCAACGACAGCCCACCCAAUUACCAGGAUGCUCGCUUUUUUCCGGUCCUUAUAGUACAUCGGCCCGAGGGUUGCGGGGACUCCUCGGAGGUGAGAAGGUAUUAUGUCCGCAGAGGCUCCUGUUGUGUGGAGACUUCACUUUAAUGCGGAUUUGAAGUUGACUUUCUAAAGAAAUACUUGCACUACACAGAAGGUGAUUUUGGAAUCACGUAGUCUACAAUUGAUGAAGUGUACUUCUCAUAAACAUUGUUUUGCUGUUUGCUAAUAUGUGAAAAUUUUAAAUGUGUCUGAUUCAGCGCACCACUGAACAAUUAUUUAAAAUCUAAGGGCUAGUUUUACAAAUUUCAUUAGGAGACACCAGCCCUUAUAAUUUGCUUUACUAACAAUUGAUAAAAACUGUCUAAUAACACACAUGCUGGCUUUAAAGUGGAACUCUGCCGAAAAAAGUUUUUUUUUCCAUAAAUUACUCACCCUCAAGUCGUUUGACAAGCCUAGGAAAUCUGUUCAUCUUCGAAACGCAAAUUAAGAUAGAUUUGUUAAGAUUCGCGAGCUUUCUGACUCCUGCCCAUAGAGAGCAACACA